ACUCCACUCACACAAAAUGUAGACGGUCAAAUAGUGGAUGAUGUUCAUACUCCCGAAUUUUUUAACACGAUUUCUACGCCAGGACUUCCAAAUCACAAGUUGAGACUUAAAGUUGUAGCUCCAGUUAUGCUAUUAAGGAAUUUGAAUAAAAAAUUAGGAUUAUGCAAUGGAACAAGACUUAUUAUUAUGAGAUUGGGAAAACAUGCUCUUGAAGGAAAAAUUAUUUCAGGAAGUAAUAUUGGUGAUCAGGUUUUCAUACCUAGAUUUUCUCUGACACCAUCUGACGUGAGAAUUCCUUUUAAAUUUCAACGGAGACAAUUUCCUAUAAUGAUUUCUUUUGCAAUGACUAUUAAUAAGAGUCAGGGACAAUCUUUAAAGCAUGUUGGGAUAUAUCUUCCGUCACCAGUGUUUUCACAUGGUCAGUUGUAUGUUGCAAUUUCAAGAGUUACUUCU